AUGCAACACGUUUAGACUUAAAAGAAGCAGCAGGGCUAAAAAAGAUCAUUUUCUUUCGAUAAGCCAUUAUAUGAUGGAGAUAAGUACUUUGACAGAUUAAGGAUUGCAAUUGCACUGUUUAAUCCUUUAAAUGCGAUGGUACCCAAUGAUAAGAUUCUUGAUUAUAAGCAGUACUUAGAUGACAUGAGGGCUAGAGAGAGAAUUGAAAGGCAAGAGGGAAGAGAAUUUAAGUUGACUGAUUAGCAGAUUCAUGUUAUUAGAAGAGCUCAAAUUGUAACUGGGGCUUCAAUCCACCCAGACACAGGAUAACUCAUUAGUUGGCCAUUUAGAAUGAGUUCAUUUUUGUUUAUGGGCCUUCCUUUGACUGUUGGUUUAACUAUGGCACCUCCAACAGGUUUCAAUACAUUUUUCUGGUAAUGGUUGACUCAGACUUACUUUGCUGGGCUGAAUUUUUCUAACAGAAAUGCUUCAAACGAGGAAAGUUAUGUUAGUUCUUUUAUGGGAUUCACAGCGGCAGCUGGUUCUGGUAUAGCCAUAGCUUUACUUCUGAGGGGCAUGUUUGGGAGAUUUGCUGGAUCUUACCCUGGAAAUUAGAUCUUAUUCAAUACGACUACUAGCUUUUUAGCAUUGGCUGGAGCUGGGUAUGUGAAUUCUAUGGUUAUGAGAAAUCAAGAAUUGAAAAAUGGAAUAACCCUUUAUGAUGAGCAUAAUAUAGAAGUAGGUAUGUCAAAGGUUGCUGCUAAAUAAGCUGUAAUGCAGACAGCAACAACUAGAAUCUUGCUAGCCUUUGAAAUGGUGUUUGUUCCAGGAUUCAUUAUUGGUCUUUUAUAAAAGAGAUACAUGAUGCCUUAAUCUGGUGGGCUCAGAUCUCUCUCUGAAUUAGCAAUCAUUUCAUCAGUUCUAUUAUUAGGCCUGCCAGCAAGUAUUGCUGCAUAUCACAGAGAAGGUAGAAUUGAGCCCAGAUAGGUGGAAAGAGAACUAAGAAAUUAUACUUUAACAGAUGGAAAACCUCCCAAGUAUUUCUAUUACAAUAGAGGCCUGUGA